UUUCGUAAAGGGGAGGUCGUCGCGUCGGGUCUGGCUCUUAUGUUUUUGUACGCUUAAUUAAUAAAAAACAAAAACGCGUGAAUGUUGCGAAUCAAUAUAAAAACUAAACAAAACACAAUAUUAUUCAGUGCAUAUGUCUUAUAAUACAUAAUAACACCCAUAACGCGCUGUUUUUCUUAAGCCAGAAAAAAUUUAACUAGCGAGUGUUUGUGACAGUGAGCCAAAGAGUGUCGAAAAGAGUGUGUGAGACAGAGAGAAAGGAAAAAGAGCGCUCGUGAGCGAGCAUAAAAUCACAGCAGUCUCAGCAGCAAUAACAAAAUAAAUACAUACACAUAUGCACUUAAUAACCAUGCGGCUUUCGAAAUUGGCGACAAUGAGAACGAAUUUUACAGCACUGGUCGCUGACGAAGCUUCUUGCUCUGAAGCUGCAGCGCAGGAGUAACACAACACUGAUUCGAAAUGUAAGAAUACAAAGGGCAGUGGAAAUUAAACGAAUUUAUCAAGCAUACAAAAAGCAAAUUAAAAAGGGAGUAUAAAGCAAAACGCUGCAAAAUGCACGUUUCAGCUAUAAACUGCAAGCAACAGGAAAGGGAUAAGGAUUGCGCAUGUGGCGCAGUAACAACAGCCACGACAAAGUUUAAUAAUUAUCGAAAACGACGAAUAUGCAGCAGCGACACCGACAACAACAACAACACCAAGUACCAAUACAUUAGCAAAAUUCUAAUGACGCUGUCAGCGUUACUGCAGCGUCUCGCAACGCUAAGCAUGGGUACCAAGUGGCGACGGCGCCGACGUCGACGCAAGCAGCAACAACACAGUAACAACGAAAACGGGAUGGAGAAGGAGAACGCAAUAGCAGCAGCCACAAUAAAAAGCACCCAUAAUGAUAAUUGCAAUUAUUACAAUACUACGGCAACAGCAACGACAGCGACAACAAAAACGAGCAAUGAUUUCAAUAAAAUCAAUAAAUUACUACUAAUUACGUGCAUGCUGCUGAUAACAACUACAACAAUUUGUCAAAGUAACGUCGUACCCGUCGCUGCCGCAGCGCCGUCAGCGUCCACAUCGACAUCAAUGUCGGGCGAAUCGUCGACGUCACCGUUGAGCGCUCUGCUCAAAUCGGGUGGCGCCACCUACAGUCAACAACUGCCGCAACAACAACUGUUUGCGAUGCUAGCCAAGAAUAACGGUGGAGGCGGCGGAGGUGGCAUUGCUCCUCCUUUUUUUGGCUACAACAGCGAAGCAGCGGCGCAUCGACAGCAUCCACGUUACUUGCCAUUGCAUGAGGACGAAUCAGAGGAUCUGGCUGACGAAGAUUUUGAUGCCCUGCAUAUUCCGCUAGACAUUGCUGCCGCUGCCGCCGCCGCAGACGCUGCGCCUUCCAUUGCGUCAGCUUCGUUGGAAACGAACGGUUUCGUGGCCGACGAUGGCGAUCAAUAUGAGCAGGCGGAGAAGGCGCUGGCAGCUGCUGCUGCCGAGUCAGCGAAUGCAAAUGCCAAAAACAGCAACCACAACAACAACAUUUACUGCCCAAAGGAGUGCAAGUGCCUGAACGCUUUCUUCGAUUGUGAUAAGCUGCAUUUGGAGCGCGUGCCCGCCCUGCCAAAUUAUGUACAAACGCUGCAUCUGGCAGGCAACAAAUUGAACGACAGCACCGUCCUUGCGAUACGAAAUCUUACCGAACUGCUAAAACUCACCUUAAAACGGAAUCAGUUGGAUGUUAUGCCCAUGCUCGUGGGCCUCAGCUCGUUAAGGCAACUCAAUUUAGCCCACAAUCGCAUUCAGCGCAUCUCCAGAGAAGCGCUGGCCUUGCUGCCAAGGCUAAAAUCACUAGAUCUGACCAAGAAUCAGCUGCACAGCGUCGAAGCUAACAUGUUUGUGCGGCCCAAUCGAUUGGCGCACUUAAUACUUAAUGCAAACGAGAUUGGCAGCGUUGAUGAGCGUGCAUUUGAAAUGCUGGGCAACCUCACGGAUCUAGAGAUGAGCAACAAUCGAUUGAUUAGCCUUCCAGUGGGUGUGUUCCAGAAUUUGACUCGCCUCAAGAAACUCGCUCUAAACUAUAAUCAACUGGAGUUCCACUGGUCAACGUUUCGUGGUUUGUUUUCCUUGCAAAAGCUUCAGCUCAAGGCAAACAAUAUACGGAAAAUGCAGGAUGGCAUCUUCCAUGUGAUGCGCAACAUUGAGAGCAUCGAGCUGGACCACAAUGGCAUCAGUUCACUCUCACGCCAGGGUCUCUUUAAUUUAACCAAGCUUCAUCAUCUCAGUCUAUCGAAUAACUCCAUAACACAUAUUGAACUGGACACCUGGGAGUUUACGCAGUCCUUGGAAUCGCUCGAUUUGUCGCACAAUUACAUCAGCGAGUUUAAGCCUCAGCAUUUGGAUUGCCUCAAACGCCUGAAACAGUUGAAUUUGGCGCACAAUAAUCUGCAAUAUUUGCAAGAAAAUACCUUUGACUGUGUGAAGAACCUCGAGGAACUGAACUUGCGUCGCAAUCGUCUGGCGUGGAUCAUUGAGGAUCAAUCAGCUAUGGCGCCAUUCAAGACAUUACGCAAACUCCGUCGCCUUGAUCUCUAUGGCAACAACUUGAAACAAAUCAGCAGUAAAGCACUCAGCGGUUUAAACAAUCUAGAGCUGCUCAAUCUGGGUGGCAAUGCACUGGCCAGCAUUCAACCGAAUGCAUUUGAACACAUGCUAAAGCUACAACGGCUCACAUUUAAAUCAGACAACUUUAUCUGCGAUUGCGAUUUGCUUUGGUUUCGUCAGUGGCUACUCAGUAGAUUCGGCUCUCAAGCGGAGCAACUGCAUACCCAAGUAGUUUGUGGUUAUCCGGAGCAUUUGCUCGAUAGACAGCUGUUUACGCUUACAAAUUCGGAGCUAGUGUGCUCUGAUUCACCCAAACCCGUAGUACAGAAAGAACCCAGCAAUAUGUUGGCCGUGAAGGGCGCCAAUAUAACCUUCGAAUGCAUCGCCAGCUCACCGGCAGCUGCUUCAAUGGCUGCCGCAGAUGAGUUGAAGAUCAAGUGGCGUCACGACAAUCAGCACGUACUGGAGAGACAAACCACUCACGACGGAGCCGUCACCGAAACGCAAAUCCAUCAUGAUCAGCGCACGAAUCAAACGACCAUUUAUGGCUAUCUGCGUCUUUCCAAUGUCAGUUACGAGAGUGCCGGACGCUAUCAGUGUGUUGUCUCCAAUGCAUUUGGCACAACUUAUGCCCAAAAGUUCAAGAUCUCUAUUGGCAUUCAUCCCAGCUUUCUUCAUGUGCCUUCGAAUUUGUCGAUUGAUGCUGGUGAAACGGCUCGCUUAGUUUGCUCGGCCAACGGUGAUCCAAUUCCUGAGAUGGCCUUGCAAAAGUUUGGUGCUAGCGAUUUUCCCGCUGCAACGGAACGUCGCCUGCAGGUGAUAAGGGAGGAGGAUGCAUUCCUUAUAACCAACGCGAAGCCAAGCGAUUCGGGUAUCUACACUUGCACAGCUAAAAGUCCUGCUGGCGAAAUCAAAGUAAACGCCACACUACUUGUGAAUGAUAAACCACUGCCUAGCAUACCGUUGGUCCACAAGGAGGUGGUGCUUGGACGCACCUGUGUCCUGGAAUGCCUCGGCGAUUCUGCCAACCUGGAUCUAGAGCAGCCGCAUCGUGAAUGGUUCAGGGAAAACAAACCAUUGCACAAGUCGCCCACAGCACAGGAUGCAGAAAGAUAUUAUUUUACAAGCAGCAAGGAGUUGCUGGUAAUUGUGAACGCCCAGUCGAAUGAUGCGGGUCACUAUCGCUGCGAGAUCACGGACAACUCACGCACCCUAACCCUUCAACUAGAGCUACUCGUGGUGAAGGAGAGUUUCAAUACCGAUGUCCUCUUGCUGGGCGUGAUGAUACUGACAGGCAGCUGUGUCCUAAUUGGUGCCUGCAUCAUCUAUUGCACUCUGCGCUAUCAGCGUCGCAAGCUGAUGCGCAAUCUUGGAACACGUACGCAUACCAGCAGUCAGCACACAUUGCCACUGGAUCAGACGCAGCUGACGACACUGAACCGCACUCAAUUGCGACCACAUCAAUCGCAGCUGGUGCUGGAUGGGGUGUCAAGUGCUGCGCAGAAACAUCAAGCACAGCAGCAAUCGCAACUGCGACCGCGCAGCUUGGCGGAUUUGGAGUGUGGGGACGGGCAGACGCAGAGCCGAUUGAUAGUCACAACGACACCAUCAUAUGAGCAGCGCUGCCUGGAGCGCUAUUUACAACAAAGCGAUUUAGAGACUCAGCCAGAUCAUCUGUCUAGCAAGGACUCGGGAACCGGAUCGGAUGCUGCCAACAAACGCAGUCUCGAGGACUUUGGUGUGGCUUUGUCGCCACGUCAGCAACGACACCGCAUUGAUGACGACGACGACGAUGAGGAUGAGCCAGAUGAUGACAAUGAGUUGCAGUUUGCGCCUUCUCGUGCUUUGGGCGUCUCCGAAUACGAUGACAUCGAGCUCUAUGGGCUCAAUCAUAGCGCAGCUGAGCAGCAGCGUUUUCUGCGCAACAACAAUCACAAUUACGAUGGCGGGGGCGUGGACAUGGGUUUAGGAUUGAGUGCGAAUGUGCAUGGGCAUGGCCCAACUGCUGGUGCUUCAGCACCGCCAGUGCUGCCGCGCAAAUGCAGCGCUCAGCUAAACAGUUCUGGCGUUGAAUACAAACAGGCCACCACUGUGGACAUUUAAGGAGUAUAAACCAAAGCAAAACACACUACAAAACAUGUACCAAAUUAAAAUGCACACACCAAACAAAUAAACUGGUGAGGCUAACCCUCUCGCGCCCCCCCAAAUAGAAAGAAACCACCCGACACCCCAAAAAAAAAAAAUUAUGAAUAUACAACAAACGAACAAAGACUGUUACUCGUAAUAUGCAAAAAUUAAUGUAUAAUGAAUGUGACGAAGCUUGCCUCGACAGAAUGCCCAGAAGGCGGCCUUAUCUAGGAUAUUUUAUAUUAUAUAUAAAUAUAAAUACUUACAUAUAUAUUAUUAAUAAUACAAUAAGAUAUACACCCGUGAAGGAAUAUGUAUAUAUUGGCUAACCCAUGUGGCAGCUGAAACAUACCAGUGUCUUCGUAAUUUAUGAAAUUUAAUGGAUUAAUUAUUAAUUUCAUGAAAAACUUAUGCUUAUAAUAAUAUAGGCAUAUAUAUAAACAUAUAUUUAAUCUUUUCUAAUGGUUUAUUUCGCUUGUGAUAUUAUUUAUUAUUUUCAAUUGCUUUUCCAGUUGUAAGCAUUAUUAUUAUUACUAUAAUUCAAACACAAUACGCAGCUGUAUAUAAGUAUAGCAUCUGUUUGAUUCUAAUUAUAAAUUUUAAGUUAUAUAUUGCCCGAAAUCGGCUAUGAAUUGCUAAGAGUGAAUUAAUUGUAAAUGAAUGAAGAUCUUGCAGCAAUUAUGUUCACAUUUAUGUAUGUUUGAUUUUCAUGAUUCCCCUAUUCAAAAUGUAAUGUGCAUACAUAUAAAUGAAUAUGUAAAUUAAUUUGCCUUAUGCUUAUGGCCUUGACUAAAUAUUGAAAAUUAGCUACGUAAGGUAAGAUAAGUUGAAAGAAUAAUGAAGUCAACAAAAAAUAAUAAAUAUUCAAAAUAUAAACAAACUGUGCAUGAAAAUAUACAGGAAUAUGCUUAAGAAAAGUUGACCAGUUGAGUUUUGAGAUUUCCAUUUAAAUUAAAGAAUUAUGUAGACGUAUUUAAAUACAAAACGUAAAUUUAUUUUCGUAAACAGUAAACAUAUGAUUCAUAUGCUUAGGUCAAUUGGAAUCCUCAGAACUGUCGCUAUAGGCAGCUAGGAGAGAAAGCCCUGCUGGCUUAGAGGUAGCACUUGAAGUGGGUGCUGCAACAGCAACAGAGGAGGUGCUGGCUGCUGCACUAGACGCUGGAGGAACUUUGGGCCUUACUAGCACCAAAGGAGUCUUGCGUUUCACAAUCGGGGGUGCUGUAGAAGAAUUAUUGUUGCCUGCUGACAGAGAUGUUGGUUUGGCGACUUUAGCUGCUGGUGGGUUUAUGUCCUCUUCCUUGACUUCCUCAAUUAUUUCCUCCGUAACAAUACGAGUGCUACCCUCUGUU